GGCGGAGGUCAACACGGACAUUUCAUUGCCGUGUGCAGAGAAUCCCGUCCCCGUAGGCGGCCGAGAACUAUGGAGCGUUGUCAGGGGAGAAAACGCAAGCAUGCCGGUCGAGGUGCGAGGACGCUACAGUCAGAAUAGCUCUCUCUUGACUAUCAAUCGUCUCCAGAUGUCGGACAGCGGGCGAUUCCUGUGCCGUUUGCUGGAUGGCAAUCAGGUCGAGUUGUCAAGGCGUGAGACCACACUGUUGGUUCUGGGCCCACCUAUAAUCAAACGCUCACCUACGCAACCGAGCUAUCUGAUUACGGCAGCCGACGCUUCCCAAACUGUAGUCCUGCAAGUACACAUUGAAAGUGUCUCGCCAGUGUCGGUGGUUUGGAAACGAGAUGGUGAAGUGGUGAUGGAUACUGUCCAUGCCAAACAUCUGUCUAACCAUUCGCUCGCUCUCUGUGCCAUCCGUGAAGCAGACUAUGGGAACUACACCGUCAUUGUCACAAACGACUUUGGAUCGGCAUUCCUGGAUACAUUCAAGCGGCGACUGGCGAAGAGCUCGAGUGUGAAUAACAAUCGUGCCAUCACUGGCCUAGCUGUGGCAUGCGCUCUCCUGAGCAUGGGUCUGGUUGCUGGUGGCAUUGCUUUCAAAUACGGAAAAUGUUACCGUCCGACGUCACAUGGUGUUUCUUCUGGUCUCCGAAGACUGGCCAGGAGGAGACAGGAUCACGCUAGAAUCUGCACGCUGAGCAGUACUGCGAGCAUUCAACACCGACGGGGCGAUGGCGUUAUAUGGUACCCGCCAGGUCAGUAACAAUAACAAACCAAGAGUGUUAUGCCUGAAAGAGAAGUGGUGGGCACACAUGCUCCUUCCCUGGGCACUGCAAAGUCACAAUUCAGUUUCAACGCAUCAGUAAUCAAAGCUUCAGCAACAUGUCUUGACUAGCGAUAUGGAAUGAGCAUGAACUUGAAUAUGGCAACCGCCACCAAAGUUCAAACCCACUUCACCCGACAGACUUCCACCAGAACCUCUGCUCAAUUGACCUGAACACAUUCAGCGGAUGCUGCUUGGUUUCCACCAUUCCUGUACUCUAAGCAGAGAAGUCGUCCAGGGCGUCCAAAGGUGCCCUUUUCUUCCGGUACUAAGCCAUGCCACAUUGAAAGAUGGUCCGUGAGCGAUGUUUUCUAUUAAUAAUGCUGUUAUUUGUUGUUUUCUCUAUGGACUUGACAUACUUCGUACUUUUUAUUGUUGUAAGAAUGGAAUCGGUCAUUAUCACGUAAGACAGAUGAACGGCGAUGAACACCAACAAACAAGUAGCUUCUGGGGCGAUAGCUCGACUGCCGCUUAUCUCUACCAUCUGCGGAUAGCUACACAGUCAUGGACUGCAUUGCCCGGUCUGUCGGUCAGCAGUCUCCGAGCCACUACAUGCACUUCACACGGCUAUCCACUCAGCAGGUAUGCGUGUAUGUGUACAUGUAGGAAGUGAUUUAGACUUUCAAACGGCAACAAUAUCAUCAGCAUACACCUCCUGUACGCAUCGGUUACAAUGCACCGGUUGAAUUCCAUAUCAGUGGGCUACUCAUCUGUAAGCAAGUGACUGGGCAGUGCAGUGAUGCGGAGCAUUGGUGCCCUGCACAAUGUGCUCUAACCAGUACGGACAAAACCAUAAUCAUUAUGAUCAAGCUAUAUCUUCAUGGACUGCGCCAACUGCCUCAUUUCCUUCUGCAAACGACAAUAGCCCACCGGAUAUACUUUUUUUAGUGUCCUUCUUUGUCUUAAUGUAACUAUCCAUGCUUUUUUUUGCUGGAAUGUAAGCCUCUUUUACGGGCAAACAACAUACAAUUCAAUAUCACUAACAAUGCUACUUCUAGUUAUGGACCUACUGACCAUGAAUAUAGUUUCAAAGACUUUGCCAACUUCUUCUUUCCCGUCCUCAACUUACAAGUAUGGACCUAAUGACCAUGAAUCUAUUUUCAAAGACUUUGCCAAAUUCUUCUUUCCCGUCCUCAACUUACAAGUACAAACGCAUGCCCGAUACGCUUGCAGCUACUCUCUUUCGAUUUUUUUAAUUUCAUUGUUCAUGUUCUUUUGAUCAGAAGCUGUUGUGUAAGGCCACUACCCCUCCCUACUUCCCACGGACCCACCACGAUGGAUAUAUCAAUUUAUUAUCAAAGUCUUCCCCUGAUAUUGCAUUGCAACUCGCUUAGUACGUACAUGUUGUCUGAUCGGUGAUCAUACAUUCUCAUGCUUAGUACGGACUAUGUCAAUGACCAUGUGUACUCUUGGUAGCAUGUACAUGUGCAGUGUUGUCGUGCACGUGUAUGAAAGUGGU